CCCAGGACUAAAUAACGUUGUAGUAAAGCCUGUUAGGAUUGAACAGUGUCGCAGUUGAUGUGUGGAAGUUUGUAAUUUUUUAAAGAUCCUGGCACUAACAAACAGGCAGGUGACUGAGUCUUCGUGGUGGUUUGUAAUGUAUGAAUGGAUAGUUGAUGGACUGUCGUCGCUGUUUGUUCCGUUUUCCGUGUUUUCUGGAGGGAAUUCGUCGAGCUGGCCUACGGACGGUAACCAGCCACCACCACCACGAGACGCGGUCACUUCCGAAACACAACAACAACAACAACAGGAAAAUUACCGACCUGCCAAACGAAACUAUCAAAGUAUCCACUCUCCCGAUGGCGUAUCGGAGCAACUGGAAGUCAAAAGACCAAGACGAGAUGUGAUCGUCCGAGUUGUUAAGAAGACUUUCGCUGGGAUUGCAGGGCUGCUCCGUUUGCGACACAAGCCAUGCCGUUAUGAAAGGGAGAGAGACCGUAGAGAAACGCAGAUUGGACAUGUUGCUUUAGUGGGAAUUGAUGAAAUUCACAGCAACGGCCUAAACAAGUGGAUGAUCGGUGGGGAUGUUAAAAUGGAGAAACGGAGAGAGAUGGGGCUGAGUGGGAAAGAGAGGAGUGUGCCAAACUUCUGUGUAGGUACCCAGCCUCUGAUGAGGAAACCUGAAAGCGGAUCGGUGUUAUUUAUGGGAAACCAGGACCGACAGAAAGAGCUUCCACACAGGAGGUCACUGCACUUGCUGCCGUCACGCCCUGUCCUCCCUGAGACGGAUCUCCCCGGCCGCACACACAAACCCUGCCUCGCUGUGGAGGAGGCCCUGAAGGAAAGUGACAGGGAGCACUACAGAAAGCUGGUGGAGAUGGUGUCCGAGAAGUACUCGAAGAACAAACCGCUGCCGUUUGGACGAGUGAAACCGCCCGUCACAACUUUUCCCCAUGGCCGUACUACUCCUGAGAUCAGCAAACCUACACCAAUCAAAGUGAACCCACAUGCACCAUUGUGGAGGAAUUCUACUUUAAUAAACCAUGUGAAGGACAGUGCACCAGUCAGUGAUGUUGGGAGGAAGAAAUCAGACCAACCUUUGAAUAAAAACAGGCUAUUAGACGUGGAUCUGUCCGUCGAGGUAGAAACCCGGCUGAACCUGAAGGACAGAGAGACCACUGCAGUGUGUCAACCAUCAGUGCAGACCCGCUCUGAACCUGUGUUUGAUGUGGGGAAGCACCUGGAGGAGGAGUUUCCCAGACUGACGAAGGAGAUGCAGCAGGAGGUGAGUGUUGCUCUCGCACACAGAGAUCCUGACCUAAUCCUGAGCAGCGCUUUCAAACUGCGCAUCACACAGAGAGACCUGGCAACCCUGCAGGAGGGCAGCUGGCUCAACGACGAGGUGAUCAAUUUCUACCUUAACCUGGUGAUGGCACGGGAGCAGGAAGUGGGCGGGAAGAAGGUGUACUGCUUUAGCACCUUCUUCUUUCCUAAGCUGCACGGGGGUGGCCAUGCUGCUGUGCGUCGCUGGACCAAGGCUGUCGACCUCUUCCUCCACGACCUCAUCCUCAUCCCCCUGCACCUAGGGGUCCAUUGGUCUCUUGCCGUUGUUGACUUCAGAGCAAAGUCUGUGAGGUCGUACGACUCCAUGGGUCAGAGGCACGAUGACAUCUGUAACCUGAUACUGAUGUACAUAAAGGAGGAGUACGAGGUCAAGAAAGGCAAAGAUAUGGAAAUCUUAAAGUGGACAGUGACCAGCUUGCGAGCCACUGAGGUUCCGCAACAGAAGAACGGAAGCGACUGUGGAGUCUUUGUUUGCAAGUAUGCCGACUACAUAGCACGUGGACGCCCCUUUACCUUUAGACAGUGUCACAUGCCAUAUUUCCGUAAAGUGAUGAUCUGGGAGAUUCUGAAUCAGAAGCUGUUGCAGUAGGAAGGGAAAAAAGAGAGAAAAAAAACUGAACUUGACCUGACCAAAGCACCGGACCACACAACGCUCGUCCUCCACAUUUCUCUACAGACAUCUGCUUGUCUGCUUCUGUUCUGCCCUUGGCCCUGUCCGGUCUGUUUAGACGGGUGGUGGUGCUUAAAUCACGGGUGUGUGUAUGUGUGUGUGUGUGUGUGUGUGUGGGUCCAGAGGGAUAAAGGUUCAGGUCAGACGGUCAGGCACAUAAUCAGCACAUGGAUGUUUAUUUGUUCUAACUGCUUUGUUGUUAAUGAAGCAUUUGUCAUUCCUAGAAUGGUCUUAUUGCCUGUGUGUGUGUGUGUGUUAGGCUCUAGUGCUCCUUUCAUUGAGAUGUGAUUAUUUGAAUGUAUGCUGAUGUAAAGAAGUGCAUGACGGUCUUUUUUUUUUUUUUUUUGGUUUCAUUUUGUCCAAAAGACACCCUCCACACCACACCCCACCCCCCGCCUGUUGGGCUGAAUUUAUUGUUGUACUUUUUUAACACUAGGGGGAAAAAAAAAGAA